AUGUAUACAUUAUUAGUUGGAUUUCUUUUAGGUAUAAUUUUUAGUUCAGUUAUUUUAAUUUAUACAUUCUUUCAAUUAUUAUCAAAAAAAGUUGACCCAAAAGAUAUACCAGUUAGAAAACAACAAAUUUCCAAAACUACCACCACAACUACAACCACUACAACAACAACAACUUCAAUUCAUCCAAAAGAUAUUACAACAGAUAAAUUACAAGAGAUUUUAGAUUUUAGUGAUAUUAGACCAACAUCAAUUGAAACUUGUAAAUGGAUAAAUUUCAUUGCUGCUCGUAUUUUAUCCGAUUUAAAUAACUCUUCUCAAUUCUCUCAAAAAAUUUAUUCAUUUUUAAAUAAUAUUUUUGAUGAAAAUAAUAAACCAGAUUUUUUAGGUAAAUUAAAUUUCUCAGAUAUUUCAUUUGGUUCGACAACACCAGAAAUUGGUAUAGUUAAAUUAGUUUCACCACCAAAUUCAUCAUAUAGUAUAUUAGAAUUUGAUAUCAUUUAUUCAGGUGAUGCAUCGGUUACUGCAUCUUCUGAAUUAUGGUUAAAUUGGCCACAAAAACAUAUUGCUUGUUUACCUGUAAAAACUAAAUUAUCAUUAAAACAUUUCUCUGGAAAGUUUGUUUUAUAUAUUCCAAAUACACCAAAUCCAACAUGUGUUGUUUAUUUAAAAAAUGCACCACAAAUCCAAUUAAGAAUGAUUACAAAGAUGGGUCAUGAAACAGUAUUAAAAGAACCAGGUAAAAUUGGAACUUUCCUUCAAACUCAAAUCAUUAAACAUAUCAAUCAAAGAUUGGUACCACCAAAUUUCUUAAGUUUUAAUAUCUUUCAAUUUCUAUAUAAUACCCCAUUAAAAGUUAAUCAUAAUAUACAUACAAUAAAUCCAAUUAUUCAAAACAAUAGUAAUAAUAAUAAUAAUAAUAAUAAUAAUGAAAAUAAUAAUACCAUAUAUAAUACAUCACCAAUUACUUCACCAAUUCCUUCACCACCUUUACAAUCAUCAUUAAAAUCAACAAACUCCCCAAAUGGAGUUAAAAAAAGAUCUACAAACAAAGUUUCUUAUUCACCAAUUAAUUCAAAAUAA